GAGGGACCGGGAGCGACCGGCACCGGGCGGAGCCAUGGAGGUGCAGUCCUACUACACCAAACUGCUGGGGGAGCUGAACGAGCAGCGCAAGCGGGACUUCUUCUGCGACUGCAGCAUCAUCGUGGAGGGCCGGAUCUUCAAGGCGCACAAGAACAUCCUGUUCGCCAACAGCGGCUACUUCCGAGCGCUGCUCAUCCACUACAUCCAGGACAGCGGCCGCCACAGCACCGCCUCCCUGGACAUCGUCACCUCCGAGGCCUUCUCCGUCAUCCUGGACUUCCUGUACUCCGGGAAGCUCGACCUGUGCGGGGAGAACGUGAUCGAGGUGAUGUCGGCCGCCAGCUACCUGCAGAUGACCGACGUGGUCAACUUCUGCAAGACCUACAUCAGGUCCUCCCUGGACAUCUGCAGGAAGAUCGAGCGGGAGGCGGCUUUCUACCAGGCGGACAGCGGGAGCUCCACCAGGGAGGGCACGUCCCUCGGCCCCCGGGGACAGUGCCCUGCCCCUGGCUCGUCCCUGCAGGAUAAGGAAGGGGUUUCGGGCUGCCAGCGGGACCCCCCGUGCGGGGACUGCAGCAGCUGCCACCCCCUGGAGCUGGUGGUGAGGGACCCCCUGGGCGGCGACUCCCAGGACGGGGUGAACUCCUCGCUGCCCAGGGGGGUGGAACCCAAGGUGGAGUUCGACCCCGACGACGACGACGGGGAGGUGGAGGUGGGCGAGAGGCUGCCCCAGUAUCCCGCCCCGCUGUCCCUGGAGCACAUGGAGGAGGGGCAGCCCGUGGACCUGGCCUGCAACAACUACCACAUGAAGCAGUUCCUGGAGGCCCUGCUGCGCAACAGCUCGGCCCAGAGGAAGGAGGACGUGGUGCAGCACUUUGUGAGGGGGUUUGAGGGCAGGACGGAGGACGCAGGGGUGGCCAUGAGCUCCAUGGUGGACAUUCACAGCGACUGGUAUGGUGAGGACACAGGUGACGUGCUGGUGGUGCCAAUCAAGCUGCACAAGUGCCCCUUCUGCCCUUACACGGCCAAGCAGAAGGGGAUCCUGAAGAGGCACAUCCGCUCCCACACCGGGGAGAGGCCCUACCCCUGUGAGACCUGCGGGAAGCGCUUCACCCGCCAGGAGCACCUCCGGAGCCACGCCCUGAGCGUUCACCGCUCCAACAAGCCCAUCAUCUGCAAGGGCUGCAGGAGGACCUUCACCAACAGCCUGUCCCCGGGGCUGCGGCGCUUCGGGCUCUGCGACAGCUGCACGUGCGUCACCACCACCCACGAGGACUCGGUGCCCAUCAACCUCAGCCUCGUGGAAACGGCCUCUGAGGGCCAGGAGAAGGGGGAGGCCGACAGCGACUGGCCCAUCUACGUGGAAUCCGGGGAGGAGAACGACCCGGCCGACGAGGAGGAGGAGGAGGAGGGGGAUGACAAGCAGGAGAUCCACAGGAGUUUGUCGGACAGGGAAGCGCUGAUGUAGCAGUGGGAGGGGAGAGGGAGCACCGGGAGCCUCCCCUGGCAGCAACAGAAAACUGCACGUUUGCCCCAGUUAGUGACACUG